AUGCCAGGGCCACCUGAGCUGCCGCAGAGGCCAGCCAGUGCACCAGCCAGGCAAGUGAAAGCCCAUGGGCGACGGUACAAGGUGACACGACCGAAGCACAGCAUGCUGGCAAGAUUUUUGGGGCAGACUGAUCCAGAGGGAGUUGCGCCAGACCGGGAAGCCUCCGUCUCGCAUCAAACGAGCCUGGAGAGUUUGGCCAGUCGGAAUCAAAGCAAAGUAACCAUCUACACAGAUCAUGGCAGCAGCGACAGUGAAGGGGAAGGACCUACGGCUGAAACCUCUUAUGUCCAGUAUGUCUCCGCUCGCUCCCGCGCUGACCCCUCGUCACGGCCAGACACGGCGCUCCCCGAGGCGGAUGAAGUGGUACAAGAGGAGUCUGAGAGUCAGGAUUGGGAGCUGCGCGGCGAGGGCGGUCUCGAGGAGAGCGUCUCCCGGUGGAGCUUCGCGAAGCUGGAGAGGAAGCCCGGAGGAGUGAGCUUCACCUUGCUGGCGGUCAGCAUCCACGACAGGCCCUUGUCUUGUGAGCUGAAGUUCGGCGACGAGAUCCAACGAUUUGAAGAGGUCAGCGCAGCCAGGUGGCCCCAGACCUUGCCGGCCCGGACGUUCGAGGUGGAAGACCUCCGGGUACCGCGAACCUUGAAGCUGAGUUUCUGGACCAGCCAAGACCCCUCUGGCAGCGGCUUUGGGGGGUCGGGUCAUCCCCACUGCAUGGCUUCGGGACACUUGGAACUGGAGCUCAGCGCAGCUCCAAAGCGGUCGCAGGUUCAGGUCUCCUUGAAGGUCCAAGACCAGAACCAACUGCGCCGAGGUCUGGCUCUCUUGCAACUGGAGGUGAGCCCACAGAAGCCCCAAUUGGUGGUGUACGGCCACGGUGAUGCGCUCUGCUCACGGAGCCUGUCGCUCUUCCGACGCUUCAAGCGGCGGAUGCAGCACACCCAGGAUGAAGAGCUUGAGGCAAUGGAGGGCUAUGAGGACCGCCCCCUCGACGAGGAUGUGCGAUGUUGGAGCUAUCUGGAGCAUCGCUUUGAGGCGCUGAAGCUGAAACGCCAGCAAGAGCGACAGCUCAUCUCGCGGGCCGCCGCCCUCAAGGCGUGUCCCUCGACCGACCUGGAGACACCGCGUUCGCUCGCGCGCGUGAGCUCCGAGCAAGCGAUGCGCCUCCAACGGUUCCUACGACCGAUUGUGAGAGGUACCCAUGGCAGCAAAGUCUUAGCGGAGCACGUGGAGCCUUCCACCUUCCAGGCUGAGUCCUUUCGGGAGUUCCUAGAGUCCUCCUUACGAGCCCCGCGCUUGCCGCAAGAUGAUUGGGCGGCUCUCAGUGCCUUGCUCUGCGCAGAUGGAGAAGUCCAAAUGCAGGACUUCUUGAACUUCGUCGAGCACGGUGUGGAGGUCGUGCCCGUGCCGAGGGUCAUCUAUCCCGACGAGCAGCGCGCCCGUGAGAUCCUUCGCGAGAUGUUCCCCAACUUUCUGGCAAAGGAGCUGCAGCGGGAGAUGAAGGAGUUUCCGAUCCACUUGGCCUGGAGCCCUACACCCAAUUUCUGCGUCUCAGCGGACCGCAAUCGCUUGGCGAACGGCGUCAAGGUACAGCUCUGGGAAUGUGACAACACCUGGCAGAGCAAAGGGCAAAACUUUGUGGUAGACUCUCAGCACCGCAUCCGGAUGCAUACGAAUCUGGAUUACUGCCUGGUGGUGGAUGGGGACUACCUGGCAACUGGAGCUAAGAUCCAACUUUGGAAAUGUAAUGAGGAGAACCCCAAUCAGCAGUGGUACUCCAACUUGCGAAGCCCCAUCAGCAGCUUGAGCAAGCCAUCUGUGUGCAUGGCCGUCGAUGGCAACACCGCCUACAACGGCGCCGCGGUGCAGCUGGCGCCCUGCCAGGGUCCGAAUGCCCUCCAGGAAUGGACACGACUCGCGCUUGGCCCGGGGGGCCGAGUCUUCGCGGUGCCCAAUGCAGAUGGGGCUUGUGAGGCGCCCUUCAGCGCGGUGGACGCUUCGAGCGAGGCGUGUGUGGAGGCCGCAGAGGCGCUGAGGCCUGACAAAGGCUGCUAUUCUCGUUCCUGGAAGAGCAUGAUCUCCACCGAGAAACGCCGAAGUUGGCCCAAAGGCUGCUACUUCUACUCUGCCUGCGGGGGCGGUUGUGGCUUGCAUUUCAACCCCUCGGGGCAAGGGCAGCACUGCCCUGUGGAGGGUGAUUGCAUUAGCAUCUCAGUGAUUUGCCAGCAGACCGAAGGACCAGUCUGGUAG